UCAAACUUAUUUCUUCUCUAAGAAAAAGCUUAUUUCGAUCCUACAAUCUUGUUUAUCAUUUUCGAGUAAACUUUUAUUAACUAUGGGUGCUAUCAGUUUCGAAGAUGAAUACUCUUCACCCGUUGCACCUCACAGGUUGUUCCAUGCAUUGUUCCUCGACGCUCACAACUUAAUGCCUAAGAUCAUUCCUAGUAUCAAAAGCAUCGACUUUUUGUCCGGUGAUGGAGGUCCCGGAAGUGUUCAACAAGUUAACAUGGUGGAAGAAAGUCCAGUGAAAUAUAUGAAGCAUAGGUUGGACUCAAAAGACAAAGACAACUUGGUGUGCAAAUAUACCGUGAUUGAAUGUGAUGCAUUUGGGGACAAAAUCGAUUGCGUCUCUAACGAGCUAAAGUUCGAAGCUGGUCCUGACGGAGGAUGCAUUGUUAAGGCUAAAAGCACUUAUUACCCAAAAGGCGACACCGUCUUGAAUGAAGAGGAAAUCAAGGCCGGGAAAGAGAAAGCCAAGGGACAGUACAAAGCCAUCGAGUCUUACCUCGUUGAGAACCCUGAAAUCUAUGCCUGAUUUGCGGUGCUUGUCUCUUGUGUGUUUUGUCUUUCAUUUCGUUUACUACCAUAUGAUCGUGUAUUUUGCGUGCUUAUUAAAGUGAGUACGAAUAAUGGAUCUCAUUAGACGUGAAUAAAUAAAUUGUAAGGAUAUUGGUUACUGGUAAAGAAGCGAGAUGUAGUAUGUGUAAUAAUACGGCCAGUCGUUAAUUGUCUAACA